CUGAUGCUGCGCAUAGAUUUGCCCGACCCAGAAGUCAUCAACCUGUUUCGCUCCCUCGAAGGCAAUCGCAGUAUCGCACUUAUUGAGUUCCGCUGCGUCACCUUCAGACAAAGGACCGCCAAAGCACUGGGACGACUCUUGAAGUACAACCGAACGUUAACUUCCCUCAACGUUAACCUCCAGGAGAGUGACAUCAAAGUUGACCGCAUGGUCCAGCUUCGGCUAAUCUUGGGCCAGCUGAAGGAGGCCCUUUCCGGAAACGCAUUUAUCACCAGCAUCACCGUAAAUGUGGAAAACAGGAACCACGCCAACGAUCCCAUCAUCAAGGAGCUUCUCAGGAGCAACUCGGUGAACCUCAACAAUGCCGUCCACUUCGUCCAUGGCUCCAAGGAAAAACAAGACGCCAUUGCUUUCGAGGCCUUGCAGCGCUGCUACUCCGUGAAAUUAUCUUUGUGCACCGCUUUCAACAACUCGGAGAAAUCCGCGACCGAGAAGAUCGCCGAGGCACGCGAGCGGCUCGCUUUCGACUACUUUGUCCUCGCUGGCGUCGUGAAAACCAGGAUAGUCUGCAACCGGCGCCGCAAGAGAAAGACCCAGUUCGAUAAGCUCGGCAGGGACAUGCAGGCGCGUAUCUGCUCCUACCUCAGAUUGACUGAUGUCGUGUGCAUCUGAAGUGGCGGUUUUCUUUUUUUUUAUUUUCUUUGAGGUCACUCUUCCACCUUCUGACUAUGGCACUGUCGCGCGUCAGCCCGCACGCGAAGUCGGUGCACACGUGAAUGCUUCAUUCCGAGACCCGCUGUAAACUGGCACAAUGCAAAAUGGGCCUACCUUGCACGCUAUUUUAUUUUAUUUUAACUAUCAGUUAAAUGAAGUGACACCUUUAGAGUUCUCAAUUCGGGAAACUUUUCUAGCUUGUCCACAUCGUCAUAUCGUAUCUGCUAGUCCGCCACGACAUUCAUUUCCUGCACAUAUUAUAUUUAGGGGUUACACUUGCUAAUCGCACGUAUCGCAAAAGCCCUUGCAGAGAACUUUAUGUAUUUUUCUAUAGCUUCUCUACUUGGAGACGUGGCUUAGUUUAUUUCCCGCAUACGUGUAUGCCUUGUAGCUUGUGCCAACCAUUGCAAUAUUAGCAAUAUCUUCGAACUUUCCAAGUCUUCUCGAAUUGUUUUACUGAUAGAUUUUCUGUUUUUAUCGCACGCUCAGAGCUACAUAAAGGUCGCGCGCAUCUUAAGGAUCACUUCUUUACUUUUUCAUGUGUUUUAUCGGUUUUAUAACGUGACACUACUCUCAGCGACGAUCUCGUGUGUUGUUCAUAUGUUCGUGCUCCAUCGCUACAUCUUUCUUUUUG